AAAUGAAAUUCAGAAAUGGCUCAUUAAUGAGUGAUGCCAGAUGAGAAGGAGGGAGAAGAGGAAUAGGAAGGAUAAUAAGGGGCUUAGUAGGGUUUUUAGUGGGCAUGCUGGUGCUUCCUAUUAUUAGAGCAACAUGUGAAACUGACAAAGCACAGCCCGAGAUAGCGGUUUAUGAAGAUGAAUUUACUACAACGGCUGGACCUUAUACUAUAUCCAAAGUAUCAUAUGCAGCUAAUAUGAGUGCUUUGUUCACCUUUCAAAGCUUGACUGCAAACACUUUCACAGUGAGCAAGUUUUAUUCCCUAAAUCAUACAUUGAAAUGGAGCAAAAGUUAUUCAAUAAACUCCACUGCUUCUCAAUAUGGAAUAACCUGGGAUGAAUCCAACUUGUACGCAAUAGAAGACAACACUGUGAGUGAUGAAAUCUCUAUAAUUCUGAUGGAGCCUGAGGAAGGAAAUAUUACUGGAGUCUAUCAGUUGCCAGGGAUCUCAGAAAUCUCUAAGUCAGAUUCAAGCCCUCCUUUCAUUUACUUUGAUGCUAGAAAUGGAACAGAUGGGAAUAGGAUAUUAUGAAAGUUUACAUUAUAUCUGAAAAAAUUCAGAUGAAUAAGUCUAUCCAUGCUCACAGGACCUCUUCUAGCGAUAAACUCUAUUUACCUGAACGAGGUCUUCAUUGUUGCCCAGACCACUUCAGAUUUAUACAUGAUGAAAUUAACUCUUGGGGGUCCGAAUGCUGUUAUCGAUUGGUGUCAAAGAGAGUCUAUUACAAAUGCUGAUGUACUUACUGCCUCUUCUGCUUACAAUGAAAAGUACAAGAUUAUUUACUCCUUUGUUUACUCCAAUACUAAUGCAAAAGGUAUUUUUAGUGCUAUUUCUGCUAUAACAGGAGAAGUUAAUAUAAACAACACUUAUGAGACUAACAUUGCUCUUGACGAUCAGAACUUAAUGUUUACUGGAGAUAAAACGGUUCUGCUCGCUCAUCAGAAGAGUACUAUUCAAUGAGGUCACCUUGAAUGGAAUUGAAGCACAACAGGAUGCUGAACAGGCUCUAUUUGACCUUCUGCCUGUAAUUGUACUUGCACACAAGGGACUUGUACUGUUGUCGGUGGUGGAACUACUCAUUCGCCUAGCUGAAAGAAAAGCUGUGUACAAGAAUGCUUGUACAAUGUCACCAACUACGUCUAUAAAAUGAGCACUUUUAAUAUUACUACGAGUGAUUUCAGGAAUGUGACAGUCAUGCCUCAGAACCAGAGUUUUUAUUCCAUAGCUUAUGAACGGAAUGAGGAGAGGUUUGUGCUAGGAGGGAUUAGUAGUGUUGGAAGUGGCGCAUCUGCAUCAGCAAGGUUGUUCAAGAUAAAUCCGGACUCUUUAACAUGAGAUUACUUCUUUGAGGAAUCUGAUGAGACUGGAAUGGUUCAGAUACAAUCUCAGUUACAGAAUGAUACAAAUUAUUUCAAUCAGACUGUAUUAUAUAAUUUCCACGACUCCACAAAGAUGCCAGAUUACCUUCCUACCACCCAUACCUACAAUUUCAAGACCAAGAAUGAGUCGGAGAUUUACUGCAAGACUGAAAACUUCACAGCCUUGGAUUUGGUCGAAUUUGGCAAUAAAACAGUAACAGCUAAUGUGACGUGAAGCGACAGUAGUCCUAAUAAAGUGGAAUCAGUUUCUAUUACAUUAUCAAAUGGGGAUCCCAAGCCUAGUUGGGUAGACUUUUCCAGCUCAACUCUUGAAAUGAACAUGACUGCACCUGAGACAAAUAUCUCAGAUGUGUUUAAGUUACUUUUUAAAACUAAGCUAACUGGGAAAACAGAUGAAAUCAAUCAGUAUUUUACAAUUACUGUUAAUGAUGCUCCUCAGGAGCCGGAACCAGAGCCAGAAUCUGAGCCUGAAUCACCUUUGAUAAGAUUAGCCAAGCAAGCUUCAUUUUGGGCAAAAGUAAUGAUUUUCCUGGGAUCAGUUGUAAAUAUUGUAAACACGAUGCUGGGUUCAGCUUCACCAGCUGCUAUUUGGCAAAUGAUGAAUCAGAUCCAACUUUUAAAACUAUUACUUCUUACUGGAGCAUACCUUCCACCCGAAGCAAUAGUUUUCUUUAAUGGAAUGGAGUUCAUGUCAUUCGACUUCAGUUUCAUUAAUUUUGAAGAACUCCCUGUGCUUGGAUACUCUAUCGAUUACAUUGACUUCGAUCAAAAUUCUAAGGAACUCAAAGACUUUGGGCUUGAAUCUGGAAGCUCUCUUGUAAAUAACCUUUCUUUUGUUCUAUUCUUGGCUUUUAUUGCAACAAUCCACAUCAUCUUGCUCUUGGUGAUAGCUAUGUCUGCUGAUGAGGGAAAUUGGGCAGUUAGGCUUUUCAAUUAUACCACAACUAAGCUGAGAGAGAUGUUCACCUACACCAUUUACAUCAGAGCGCUGUUCGAGGCAUUUGUUUUGCUGGUAGUGUCAUGACUUUCUGAGUUCUACUCAACAAACAGCCAAAUGCCCAUUUUUAAGUUGAUAUCAUUAUUCUUCUCUAUUGGAAUGACAAUUUGUUUAUCGAUCCUAGUAAUGCUAUUCAUCAGGCAUUUACGAAACACAGAUCCUGAAGAAAGAGAUGAAGGUCCUUACAAAGAACUAUACUGAGGAGUCAAAGAGUCCAAGCUUGCGAUGACCUUCAAUUUAUUCUUCUUACUGAGGAGAUUUCUGUUCGUUUUUGUGCUAAUUCUAUUGCAAGCUCUCCCUUUGGUGGUAAAGUUAUCUCUGGUAAUGGCUCUCGAAACCUGCUAUAUUGGAUUUGUGAUUAUAUAUAUCAGACCAUUUGAGAAAAAAGACCUAAAUGUGGUAGAAUUUGCUAAUGAACUGUACUUCAGCUUUUUCCUCUGUUGCUUGUUUUCUUAUAAUCAGGAGGAAGACUGGAGUAUCACGUUCCUUAAGAUUUACCUCUAUGCAUUAACUGCAAAUAAUUUCACAGUAGUUGCAAUAUCGCUAGGGUUUAAAUCUGUAUCAAUAACAAAGGGUAUAAUUAAGCUAGUUCAGAAGUGCAAGAGGAAACCAAAGAUAAAGCCAACGACUACCAAUCAAAUAGAUAUAGAUACUUUUGCUAGGAAUCGUCCACAAUUGAUAUCAAAUUGAAAGGUUCCAACUUCAAAGUUGGGAAGUUCUCCCUACUCUGCAUAUCAGAAGAGCUAUCAGAAUUCAUCCAUUGGAGCUAGUGACAUUAGGCUCGGGUCCAAUUUCUAGAAGGGAACUAAAUAUCUCAGAUAAAGAUUCAAUCUAAUUUG